AUGGCAGUGUUGCUGGAACCUUUUCAGAGUGUGGAUAAAAUCCAGAGUUUCAUGCGGAUAUUGCAGUUUGAUAAGGUGAUAACAAAUGAGAAUGAUGGUGGAAAAAUAUGGGUGUUUUGGAAAAAUGAAGUGGAUGUGCAGGUGGUCCGCAUGAGUUCGCAGCAUGUGUCUUUACGUAUUAGCGAAGGAGAUUUUCAUUUCUUGGUCAAUUUUAUUUAUGCUAAGUGUAAUAGGUAUGAGAGACAGAUGAUUUGGGAGGAGAUGAGUUCGGAUAGAAUGGGUGUUGAGCCUUGCUUGUUUGCUGGGGAUUUCAACAUAAUUCGGUCGGAUGUGGAAAGGUGUGGUGGGCGUCCGCGGAAUAGAGUUGCAAUGGAUGAGUUUAAUAGAUGGAUUCAUCAGGGCAGGCUGAUUGAAAUGAAUUCACAAGGAGGUAAGUUUACAUGGUGCAAUGGUCAGCAGGGAUUAUCUAGAGCUUGGGCAAAGUUGGAUCGAGUGUUACUUGAUGCAAAUUUCCUGACUUUAUUCCCGAAUGCUCAUUGUUCGUAUCUUCCAAGGACAACGUCGGAUCAUUGUCCUAUGUUUAUAGAAUUUUUAAUUGAUCCUUUCUCUUAUGGUCCCCCUCCAUUUCGAUUUCAGCAAAUAUGGGUUGAACACCCGGAUUUUAUGAAUUUUGUUCACAAUGUGUGGUCUGAAUCUGUUACAGGUUCGGGGCUUUUUAAAUUAGCUAGCAAACUUAAAAAGCUUAAGGUGGCGUUACGUGAAUGGAACAAGAGGGUGUUUGGGAGAACUAAUAAUCGUAUUGCGAUUCUUGAAGAUAAGGUUGAGAGUCUUGAACAUUUGUUGCAGAGAGAUUGGGAUAAAUGA